CACCUCCGCCACCACCCCGCCGCCUCGAGCUAUUGCUGCUGCUUCCCUCCAUAUUCCUCGUGCCACCACCAUCCCCCGCCGCCGCCAGAUUAUCACCGAUUUUACCACCAGCCGCCCCAACCCUCAUCCCAAAUCCACCUCCCAGAUUCGCAUCAAUACCACACCCGCUUUCGAGGGCGUUAUCUCGUGGAGGAGAGAGAUGCUCGAGCCACAAUCGCCUCCCUCCUCCGCCGCAUCGCCGCCCUCGAAUCCGCCCUCCGCGGCCGCUCCUCCGCUUCCACCUCACACUCCCUCCGCGACGCCGCCGCCCGCACCAUCCAGUCUCACUUCCGAGCCUUCCUGUUGCGCAGAUCGAGGACUCUCCGGCAGCUCAAGGACCUCGCUACCAUCAAAUCUGCUCUCGGCGUUCUCAAAUCGUCAGUUACCAAGCAAAUCCACUUCGAUUACGACUUAAUCUAUCAACAGGCCAUGGAUUUGGCCCUCGAACUUGAUGCUGUUCAGGGUGGUGAUCCCAUGAUUCGAGAUGGGAAAAGUUUGGUAAAAAGGGAAUUGAAUAAGUUUAUGGAUUUUCUAGAUGGAUUUUACGUCCGGCGGGUGAGCUCUUCAAGUGGAGUAAACAUGAGAUUGGAAAGCCCUAAUUCGAACAUUAGGGUUCCCGAAGGUGGAAGAAAAAUGGUGAAUGUGAAAUCUGGGGGUGUGAAAAGUGUUACUAUGGAGAAAUUGAGGGGGCUUGUUGAAAGAAUUGAUAAAAUAGCAGAGGAGCUUGAUGAGGACGAAGAAAGUAAGGUUGUUGAAAGCCCUGAAGUCUUUAUGAAGAAGCAUUGUGUUUCUGGCAGCAAGAACAUGAAUUUAGCUAAGCAGCUUUAUGGGGUUCGACCCAAAGUGAAAAAAAGCGUGAGUUUUGCCGAUGAUGGGAAGUUCUACUGUGUGUUAGGGAGAAAUUCGGAGCCCAUUUUGAAUGAUGAUGAUGACGAUGAUUAUGAUAGGGAGCUUUAUGGGAUUCGACCCAAAGUGAAAAAAAGCGUGAGUUUUGCUGGUGAUGGGAAGGUCUACUCUGUGCUAGGGAGAAAUUCGGAGCCCAUUUUGAAUGAUGAUGAUGAUGAUGAUAGGGUUAAGUUGGUUAGUAGAGAUUUCGAGGAUAAUGAUGUUUGUCGAGAAGUUGAAGAAGAUGAAGUUUCUUUGAAGGAAGCUGAUGAUGAAGAAGAUGAAGAGGAAGCUCGAUUGGAAAAUGACAAAAAUAGUGAAAAGGCCACAUAUGAAGGUGAAGAAGAUUGUACGGCUUUUUCAGCUCCAUUGCCUUUCACGAUGGAAACAAGAGGCAACUUAAUCGACAAGAGGACAAAGAUGGCUCGUGAUUUCUAG